UGCCUCGUCAAGGGGCGAUGCCCAGUAGGAAGCGGAAGCGAUUUUGGAAUGCAGAAAGCACUCCCUUCCCAGAUGAGACACCCCUACAGCUGAAAAAAUCAAGUGUCAGGACAUCAGUGGCUUCUACUUCGAUUUCCAAUGCGUGGCAAAGGUGUGGGGAUGGUUUUCAGAGCACACCAGUGCUGGAGUCCCUGAGGCCUGCAGAUAAGAAAUCCAGGAUUAAGAAGCAUCUUGGACCACUCUUAACAUCUACUGAAAGAGCAGCAGGAUCUGCUGCUGCUGCAAGCUCUAAGGAAGCUGAGGACAUUGUAUGGACCUCUAGUGGCAGUGAUUUUUCAGAUGAUGGAAGUAAAACCUUGUUGCACAGCAAAGAAAUCCCUGCUUCCAAACUAGAGGAAUCACCCAGCAGACAUGAUUUAUUGUUAGAGGACAGUAGUAGUGAAGAUGAAUUGGAGUUCAUUGAUUGGGAGAAGGAUAGCGAUUCCACUGAGAGGCAUGAUGGAUCAGUGAAAGAUGACAGCACACUGGAGAUAUCAGAUUCAGACUCCUGCACAAAUCUUAAUUCCCUGCCUCUCAAAGAGGAGAAAGAUGAGCUUUGUAUGGCACCUUCGACAGACAUUUCUGAGUAUUCAUCUGAUAAUGACAGCGUGGAAGGAGGAGACAUGAGCCUGGUCACCACAGCAGAGAGAUUCCAGUGGAGGUCAGGAGUGGACACAGAGGGUGAUGGAGCAAGACCAGCCAGUGAGUGGCUGAGGUCAGCACAGACCCUGCUCUGCACCCCCAGCAAGCAGCCAGGCAGGGCCCCCCGAGCCCCCACUGAGUCUGCCAAGAAGAGGAAGCUACUGAGGGGUGGGCUGGCUGAGAGGUUGUGUCGACUGCAGAACAGAGAAAGGUCUGCCAUUAGCUUUUGGAGGCAUCAGUGUAUUUCAGAUGAUAAAAUCCCCUCAGAUAAAUCUGGUGUCUUAAUUGUGAGGAUCUUAGAAAUAUUUGAAGAAUGUACAAUACAAGUUGCCAUCUGCCAGCAGCUGGAAGAGUCCCCUGCUACGCUUUCACCCAAGCAUGCUGUUGUCAAUGAGAGAGAGCCAAUACUCAAAGUCCUCUUUGCGAGAGAGACAGCAGCUCACCUGAAGAGCAGGCCUCAGGAUGUCAUCCACAUCUACCCUCCAUGGCAAAAACUGCUUCUCAAGAAGGCAGCUGUUCCUGUUAUCAUGAAUACAUAUUUCAGUCAGAAAGUGCUACCCAGUGACCAUUCAGAAACAAGAGAGAGCACACAUGGUCUGAGGAAGAUGCUCAUUAAGAAGAAUAUUAUAUCUUUGGCACUGACUUUCAGACUAGAUGAUGAUGAGCUACCCCAGCAGUCUUCAGCUCAUCAGGUUGCUUGUGGCCCACAAACGCCUGACAACUGUGAUUCAAAACAGCAUCUCUCAGCUGUGAAUGAUUCUCUGCUUGAAAUGGUGGAAAGCCAGGGAGCAGUGGGAUGGAGAGGAGCACAGGUACGAGUCGUUAUCCAAAGGGUGUACUGUUUGCCUGCAAGAGAAGGUUGCAGAAGCCAGGUUCAAGGAAACAAGCCUCUUUGUGCAACACCCAUCGUAAAUUCAGAUCCACCAAUUGUUAGGUUGUGCCUCCUUGUCCAGGAUGCCUAUGGCAUGUUCAGUGAAGUGCAGUUGCAGGCCCUGAGUUCUGCAGAUGACAUUGAGCAGUACAGCAGGAGAUGGGAAGGAAAAUUCUGCUGCUUAGCUGGAAUGAAAAUUUUGCAAAGAACUACAAGAGGAAGGGCAUUAGGACUUUUUAGUCUGAUUGACAGUCUGUGGCCUCCAGUAGUGCCUGUAAAAGUUCCUGGACAAAGUCAAGACUCUGAAAUGAUGACAACCAAUCUUCCUCCUCCCAGCUUCUGUUAUAUCCUUACUGCUCAGUCUGGUGAAAUGCAUGUGGAAGUGGAUGAGGAAGAACAGAUUUCUAAUUUGUACCAGCCACCAGCUGUUUGUGGUCUAAAAGACAUUCUUCAGAUCCGUGGUUGUAAUGAAUGUUGGAGCUUUUGGGCACGAGUGCUGUACCUCAAGCUGCAGACAAAACUCAGUGUUCCUGUAAACCAAAGAGAGAUGUGGUUGUUUGUGACUGACUGCACAUUGCAAGAUACAGUCCAUGGCACCCCAAAAGUUGUUGCUGUGUCAGUUGCUGCAUCCUGUGUUCUCAGGGCAGGAAUCACAGAAGCCCUGGGUGCUGCCUCACGAUUCAUCUUCUUCAAGGAUGCACUGUGGGGAAAUGGUAGGAUUAUUUGUGUUGAACGUACUGUUCUCCUGUUACAAAAGCCUCUUUUGUGCUCGGCUGCUGGUGCUGACCUCAGUGAGCUGCCUGGCCCUGUCAGACUCGAUGAGCUGGAUUCUACAACACAGGCUAACUCCAUUUGUGCUCUAAGAGGUACUGUUGUUGGAGUUAAUGAGAGCACUGCUUUCUCCUGGCCUACCUGUGACAGAUGUGGCAAUGGAAAGUUGGAAUUGUGUCCCCAGGACAGAAGACUGAUAUAUUGCAAUCAGUGCUCUGAAGUUGUCACUUCUCCAGUCAUGAAAAUGCAGCUGGAAGUCUUCUUGAGAUGUCCGUCUCGACCUCAAAGUACAGUAAAAGUAAAGCUGUUGCAAAAGACAAUCUCUUCCCUCCUGAUGUCCUCUGCCAGUGAGGAUGGGAGCUAUGAGGUGCAGAGCGUGCUGGGAAAGGAGGUGGGGUUAUUGAACUGCUACGUCCACUCUGCCACCAGCCACCCCAACUGCGUUGCACUGGAGGAAAUUGUUCUUCUGGAAGCAGCAGGAAGACAGUGA